AGUCAAUCAAAGCAGAAUAGUAUGACAAGGUCACUACCACAGUGAAGCGGGGAAGCAUACUGAUCCCAUCUUCUCUUUCACACAGCGACCUGCCUAACUCGUUGGAGGGGAUUCCCGGAAUUUCCUUUUGUGCAGGUAUUGAGAUCAUCCAUUGGAGCUAGCGAAAUCAGGUACCAACACAUAUCACGGAAUCAUCGCUGUGUAAGACCGUAUAUGCCGCCUCCGAAAAUGGUUCUGCAAUUCUUGCUUCUACUCCUUGCGCUUCCGUUUUGUACUCCUGCUGACACCAUAACUCCGACCCGACCCCUAAGGGACGGAGACUUUCUGGUGUCUAAAGGAGCACGCUUCGCUCUUGGGUUCUUCUCCCUCGGCAACCUCAACCACCGCUACGUUGGAAUUUGGUAUUACAAUAUUUCAAAACAAACAGUUGUAUGGGUCCUUAACAGAGACGAUCCAAUCAAUGACACCUCCGGAGUGCUCUCAAUUCAUACCAGAGGAAACCUCGUUCUCUACCGCCGAGACUCUCCUCUCUGGUCCACAAACGUCUCUGUCUCAUCGGUCAACAGCACGGUAGCUCAGCUUUUGGACACAGGUAACCUAGUUUUGAUCCAAAAUGAUGGUAAAAGGGUUGUAUGGCAAGGCUUUGAUUAUCCCACAGAUACCAUGCUUCCCUACAUGAAGCUAGGACUUGAUAGGAGAACCGGGUUGAAUCGGUUCCUAACAUCUUGGAAGUCACCGAGUGACCCAGGAACCGGUGAAUACUCGUACAAGAUGGAGGUAAGUGGGUCUCCUCAACUAUUCUUGCAAAAGGGUUUCGAUCUGAUUUGGCGAAACGGCCCCUGGAAUGGUCUACGGUGGGCGGGUGUGCCGGAGAUGAAUACCGGCUUCUUAUUCAACGCCAGUUUUUUGAACAACGAGGAUGAGGUCUCUGUGGUAUUCGGCAUGGUGCAGCCCUCAAUUUUGUCCAGAUUAACGGUGGACAGUGAUGGACUCGUCCGCCGCUACACGUGGCAGGAAUCGGACCGUAAAUGGGUACCAUUCUGGUUCGCGCCGGGGGAACGCUGCGACAAUUAUGCCCGGUGUGGGCCCAACGGCAAUUGCAACCUCUAUACAGCAGACGACUUUGAGUGCACGUGCCUUGCGGGAUUCGAGCCCAAGUCAGCACGUGAAUGGUCAUUGAGAGACGGGUCGGGCGGGUGUGUGAGGAUCCAAGGCGCGAACUUGUGUAGGAGUGGGGAAGGGUUCAUAAAAGUGGCACAAGUGAAGGUACCGGACACAUCGGCGGCGCGCGUUGACACGAGCUUGAGCUUGGAAGAGUGCAGAGAGGAGUGCUUGAAUAACUGCAACUGCAGUGCGUACACAAGCGCUAACGUGAGUGGAGGAGGGAGUGGGUGCUUGUCCUGGUAUGGGGAUUUGAUGGACACAAGAGUAUUCACCAAAGGGGGCCAAGCCUUAUUUCUUCGUGUGGAUGCUAUUACUUUAGCUCAAAGUAAAAGAAAGAAAAAUAUAUUUCACAAGAAAUGGAUGAUCGGGAUUCUCACAAUGGGGGUUGCUUUAGUCACGGUUCUCAUGGUCUCCUUAUCUUGGUUGGCAUCGAAGAAGAGAAAAGGUAAAGGAAGACAACACAAAGCGUUGUUUAAUUUAAGCUUGAAUGAUACAUGGCUUGCACACUAUUCAAAAGCAAAGCAAGUCAAUGAAAGCGGGACAAAUUCUGAAUUGCAAUUAUUUGAUCUAAGCACUAUAGUUGCAGCAACAAAUAAUUUCUCUUUCACUAAUAAACUUGGACGGGGCGGUUUUGGCUCGGUUUAUAAGGGUCAACUAUCUAACGGACAAGAAAUAGCUGUGAAGAGAUUAUCAAAGGAUUCAAGGCAAGGAGUAGAAGAAUUUAAGAAUGAAGUCACUUUAAUUGCAAAACUCCAACACAGGAAUCUUGUGAAGCUUCUAGGUUGUUGUAUUGAAGAAGAAGAGAAAAUGUUAAUCUAUGAGUACUUGCCAAACAAAAGCUUGGACUCUUUCAUUUUUGAUGAAACAAAAAGAUCAAUGUUGACUUGGGAGAAGCGCUUUGAAAUCAUUAUUGGAAUUGCCCGGGGGAUCUUAUAUCUUCAUCAAGACUCAAGAUUAAGAAUCAUACAUAGAGAUCUAAAAGCAAGUAAUGUUCUAUUAGAUGUUGAUAUGAUCCCAAAAAUUUCAGAUUUUGGUAUGGCUAGAUUAUUUGGCGGGAAUCAAAUUGAAGGAAGCACAAAUCGGGUAGUUGGAACAUAUGGUUAUAUGUCACCUGAAUAUGCAAUGGAAGGACUAUUUUCAAUCAAAUCUGAUGUAUAUAGUUUCGGGGUUUUGCUAUUAGAGAUUAUUACUGGGAGAAGAAACACAACUUAUUAUUGUGAUAGUCCCUCCUUCAACUUAGUUGGAUAUGUUUGGAGCCUAUGGAAUGAAGGGAAAGCCUUGGAUAUAGUAGAUGUAUCACUAAUAAAGUCAAAUCAUGCAAACGAAGGAUUGAGAAGCAUCCAAAUUGGACUCUUAUGUGUGCAAGAAUUUGCAAUAGAUCGACCUACCAUGUUGACAAUUAUUUCCAUGUUGGGUAACAACUCCACUCUUCCUCCUCCUAAUCAACCUGCAUUUAUCAUGAAAACAUGUCAUAAUGAUGCAAAGUCACCUAAUGUAGGAGCUUGUUCCAUAAAUGAGGUAACAAUAACUAUGGAUGUAGAUAUCAUUAAGCUCCGUCACGUAGUCACCACUUGCCAGUUCAAUCCAUGCGUCAAAAUUGAAGUUGAACAGUUGGGUAGGUGCAAUUUUGAAGUCAUCAAUUCUAUGGUAGAUAUAAUACAGCUGCAACUUUGUCCAAUUCAUAAAUGUGGUGUCGAGAUAGUGCAAAUGCAACUCUGUCUAAAGCUUUUGUCAUUUGCUCCACUCGUUCCUUCAUGGUAUGCCUCGUUAGUUUGUGCUGUAGAAUUGCUCUGUCUCAUCCACCACGCUCAACAUCGGCAACACGGAAGUCAUCACUUUAUCAUGCAGUCACAUAUGCAUCCUGUAAAGAUGUUUCUUCAGUACUUGCUUCUAUUCCUUAUGCUCCCACUUUGCAGCUCCACUGACACCAUAACUCCCAACCAACCCUUCAGAGAUGGUGACCUUCUAGUCUCUAAACAGUCCAGGUUCGCUCUUGGCUUCUUCAGUCCACGGAAUUCUACACUCCGAUAUAUUGGAGUUUGGUACAACACAAUUCGUGAACAAACCGUUGUAUGGGUUCUUAACAGAGACGAUCCUAUCAACGAUACCUCCGGAGUCCUCUCCAUCAACACUUCUGGAAACCUCCUUCUGCACCGCGGAAACACUCAUGUAUGGUCCACAAACGUUUCCAUCUCAUCAGUGAACCCUACUGUGGCUCAGCUGUUAGAUACCGGAAACCUAGUCUUGAUCCAUAACGGUGACAAGAGGGUUGUGUGGCAAGGCUUUGAUUAUCCCACAGAUAGUUGGAUUCCCUACAUGAAACUCGGACUGAAUCGGAGAACCGGUUUCAACAGGUUCCUAACUUCUUGGAAGUCCCCAACCGACCCAGGAACCGGGAAAUACUCGCUUGGAUUUAACGUCAGUGGGUCUCCUCAAAUAUUUUUGUACCAGGGUUCAGAGCCGCUAUGGAGAACCGGUAACUGGAACGGGCUCCGGUGGAGCGGUCUGCCGGUGAUGAAGUACAUAAUCCAACACAAAAUUAUCUUUUUGAACAAUCAAGAUGAAAUCUCUGAGAUGUUUACUAUGGUCAACGCGUCGUUUCUCGAGCGGGUGACGGUGGACCACGAUGGAUAUCUCCAGCGGAACAUGUGGCAGGAAAGAGAAGGCAAAUGGUUCAGCUUCUACACAGCCCCAAGGGACAGGUGCGACAGGUACGGCCUGUGCGGACCCAACAGCAACUGCGACGACAGCCAGGCCGAGUUUGAGUGCACGUGCCUGGCGGGGUUCGAGCCCAAGUCGCCACGUGACUGGUUCUUGAAAGACGGCUCAGCGGGAUGUCUGAGGAAGGAAGGAGCGAAGGUGUGCGGGAACGGGGAAGGGUUUGUGAAGGUGGGACGUGCGAAGCCCCCAGAUACAUCGGUGGCACGUGUGAACAUGAACAUCAGCAUGGAAGCGUGUAGAGAGGAGUGCCUGAAGGAGUGUUCUUGCAGUGGAUACGCGGCUGCAAAUGUGAGUGGAAGUGGGAGUGGGUGCUUGUCUUGGCAUGGGGAUUUGGUGGAUACAAGAGUGUUUCCUGAAGGGGGCCAAGAUUUAUAUGUGCGUGUGGAUGCCAUCACUCUAGCUGAAAAUCAAAAGCAGUCAAAAGGUUUCCUUGCGAAAAAGGGGAUGAUGGCAGUUUUGGUGGUGGGGGCUGCUGUGAUUAUGGUUCUCUUGGUCUCCUCAUUUUGGUUCUUAAGGAAGAAGAUGAAAGUGAGAGAAAGACAAAACAAAAUGUUGUAUAAUUCGAGACCUGGUGCUACAUGGCUGCAAGACUCUCCAGGAGCUAAGGAGCAUGAUGAAAGUACAACCAAUUCUGAAUUACAAUUCUUUGAUCUGAACACCAUAGUUGCAGCCACAAAUAAUUUCUCUUCUGAGAACGAACUUGGACGUGGUGGUUUUGGCUCAGUUUAUAAGGGUCAACUAUCUAAUGGACAAGAAAUAGCUGUGAAAAAAUUAUCAAAGGAUUCAGGACAAGGAAAAGAAGAAUUUAAGAAUGAAGCAACACUUAUUGCAAAACUCCAACACGUGAAUCUUGUGAGGCUUUUGGGUUGUUGCAUUACAGAAGAAGAGAAGAUGUUAGUCUAUGAGUACUUGCCAAACAAAAGUUUAGACUCUUUCAUUUUCAAUGAAACAAAGAAGUCAUUGUUAGAUUGGAGGAAACGCUUUGAAAUUAUUGUCGGAAUUGCUCGAGGAAUCUUAUAUCUUCAUGAGGACUCUAGAUUAAGAAUCAUACACAGAGAUCUAAAAGCAAGCAAUGUUCUACUCGAUGCCGAAAUGCUUCCAAAAAUUUCAGAUUUUGGCUUGGCUAGAAUAUUUCGAGGAAAUCAAAUGGAAGGAAACACAAAUCGAGUAGUUGGAACAUAUGGUUACAUGUCACCUGAGUAUGCGAUGGAAGGGUUAUUUUCAACAAAAUCCGAUGUUUAUAGCUUCGGAGUUUUGUUGUUAGAGAUUAUUACUGGGAGAAAAAAUAGCACUCACUAUCGAGACAACCCAUCCAUGAACUUAGUUGGAAAUGUUUGGAACCUAUGGGAAGAAGACAAAGCCUUGGAUAUAAUUGAUUCGUCACUAGAAAAGUCAUACCCUAUAGAUGAAGUAUUGAGAUGCAUCCAAAUUGGGCUCUUGUGUGUGCAAGAAUCUGCAAUCGAUCGACCUACCAUGUUGACAAUUAUUUUCAUGUUGGGUAACAACUCUGCUCUUCCUUUUCCUAAACGGCCUACAUUUAAUUCAAAAACAACUCACAAGGGUCAAGAUUUAUCAUCCUCUGGUGAAGGACUUUUAUCUGGAAAUAAUGUGACCUUGACUUUGCUUCAACCUCGUUAAAUGCUUACACUCUCACAUGUUGUAUGUUUAUCCUCCAUGACAAUGAAUUGUAUACACGAUAUCACUAAGAGAACGUGACCUUCUGAUUUAA